AUGGCGUUCCACUUCGCCUCGAAAUCUGACCCAUCUCCUCGGCGUACCAUCUCAUGGUCCAUCAGCCAUCAGCGAAGAUGUCAGCUCGACGAUCACUUCAUCGACCGCCUCGACAAGACCGAAGUGCUUGGCGGCGAGGACAGCCAUGGUCAUCACAUCGGCCACACGGGAUGUGUCAAUGCCCUCAGCUGGUCUCCGUCUGGCCAGGUACUUGCCAGCGGAAGCGAUGACCGCAAUGUGGUGCUCUGGAAGCUGGAUUCGGAACACAUUCAUCCCGUCGCCGAAUCGUCCACGGCAUCCCGCACUCGGAGCAGCAGCUCGGCACGAUACAACGUCGGGGCCUCACGCCGUGAUCGUCGCGAGCAGCCGUCUUCUUCAGCAGCGACACAAGAAGAGAGCGAGAGUCCUCAAUCAGGUCCAGUAGAAGGGUACAGCGCUAUCACCGACGACGGUGGCAUUGUUCAGGCCUGGCCACAGCGAAACUACCCCAAGAUGGGGCUCGGGAUGCUCUCGGCAAGAUCGAAACAGGCCAUCGAGCCAACAUCUUCUCCGUCAAAUGGGCACCCAAUGCUUCCGAACGCCGUCUCUUCACCUGCGCUGGAGACUCUCACGUACGCGUCUUUGACAUCAACUACAUGUCAUCGGGCUCGAGCCAUGCUGGAGGAGCAGAAGGAGAGACACGCCGCUUGUCGUCCGGCCGCGAGUAUAAUGUAUGGCCUGAGCACAGCGGUGCCUGCAUCCGGCUCUUCCGAUGUCAUCGAGGUCGAGCAAAGCGCAUCUCAACAGAGGUGUCUUCUGACGUAUUCCUGA